UAACAUUUCUUUUUACUCGGCUUCAACGUUAACGUUACUUGAGUUUCGUGCGUGUGAUUUUUUUUUUUUUUUGAUUUUUUUCAAAAUACAGACAGACUUAAUCAUUUUCACGCACCGGCAUGUUUUAGUACAACAACAGUUAGUUACGAUCCCCGCCCCCCCAAAAGCCAUUCGUUUUAAGAGCAUUAAAUUCUCAAGCAAUUCAAUUCAAAAGUGGUCUGAGCAACAGGCAAAUAAAAAUUCAAACAUUAUCACCGAUUCCCGUGCAUUUUGAUAGCAAAAUUGUUCAAGUUCAAGCCAAACAGAUAGAAGGCAAGCCAGCCACAAAUACCUAAGCCACUUGCCAAAUUGCGAACGUAUUGCCGAACGUAGAGCCUACGUCCGGAAGUAGAACCGUAGAACCGUAAAAUCGUAGAACCGUAGAACCCAUCCCAUCCGGCGUUACGAUGAAGCCCGACCAGAUAAACCGCCUGAUCAAGGUGAAUACCCGAAUGCAACCCUGGUUCCUGCGCAACACCAGCGAGCUGUACGAAAGUGCCGUUAGAACGUACUAUGAGCGCGGCUAUAGUUCACACAAUCGACACCCGCGUUUCCGGACAGAGAACGUUGGUCCUUUGCGCCGGAUCAAGAGAGCGGAGGCGAAGCCCAGUGCCAACGACAUCUAUCCGCGCAGCCACAUCAUGCAGGCGGAUCAGGCGUCGGCGGCCAGCAAUUCCAGCAAUUCCGGCCAAUUUCUGUACUCGAUGAUGCAGGCGAAUCGUUCGCGCUCCAUGUCCUUUACGGCGGCUCGUCCUUACGCCUCCGUUUACGGCCAGAGUUCCGUGCGAAGGGUCGCCAGUUCGAGCUGCUCCAGCGGUCGCAGUAGCGAGUCAUCCCGCACCGAGAUCCUGGUCGGUUCCUUGCGCAAGAGCAAGGCGAGGCGGGAGCGCAAAAGCCGUUCGAUGCGCAAAAGCAUCGACUCCAAAGAGGACAACCACCUGCUGGUGGACAUGGGCAUGUUCAGUGGCCGCUCCAUGAGCAUGCCACCCCGACCAUCUGCGUCUGCUUUGGGAUCCGUAGCGAUGAUGCCGCCGAGCAGGCAACACCACAUUGCGGCCAUGGCGAAGAGCACACUGGCCCAGGGCAUUCAAAUGCCACGGAACGAUGCCGACGCCCUGAUGCCGGUGGAUGCCGCCCUCAAGCGUCGCAUUUCGGUGCUGAGCAAGUUGGAUGGUGGACGCAAGCGGUCCGGACUCGGUCCACUGAGCAGUGGGGCGACCGCAAAUGGCAGGACCAUCACCAGAAACGGACGUCAGCCGUCGGAGAUGCGCCUCCGCUUCCAGACUUUGGGCGAUCGCAUCAAGCAGUUCGAGUACAUCCAGUUUGCCGAUGGACCCGUGGCCACUUAUGCCUUCAAUCGGAGCCAGCAGAGACCCAUCAAUACCAGCAUCCGUGAUUCGCCAAGGAGUCGAAUUGAAAAGCACUCGGCAAGGUCAACCAAUACCAGCAACACCACCAGUGCCACCAAUGCCACCAAUGCCACCAAUGCCACCAAUGCCACCAAUGCCACCAAUACCACCACAUGCAACGCCACCACGAGACGUUUGCAGGUGAGACAACAGCCGCGCCAGCUCAGCUUCCACAAUGUGCUGCACGCCAACUAUCGCCAGAGGAGCCGUAGCCUGGAGUCCGGAGCCGUUCAGCUGAUGGAAUCCCUGGAAACGAUGGCGCGACCCGCCACUCCACUCGGUCCGCGGGGAUUCGAUGGGACCACUCGGGGAUCCAGCCUGGACAGCAGUUCGCGAACUAGUUUCAGGCCCAGCACCUCCUCGACCAUCACAUGGGACAAUUCUUUGGGAAGAUAUGAAGAUGGAUUGGGCAAAAGGUCGGUAGCCGAUUUCGGAUGUUCAAAGAGUUCGGAGGAGACAUCGGGCGAUUGGGAUGUUAAUCCAGGCGAAGAUUGGCGCAAGUACCCCAGAUCAAGUAGCCCAUGCGGAAUGGGUUUGAUAACAAAUGUAGCCAAAUCAGACAACGCUUCGGUGGGAAACGCGAGUGCCAGUGGCCAAAAUUGGGGCGUCCCAUCUGGAUCUGCGACCAAAUUACGCUCGAGUGAAGGAAUAAAGAUUAAAGACGAUACUAUGGAAUCGACAACAGUGAAUCCGGAGCAUGGUAGAGCCAAUUCCGGUUCCACUUCCCAAGGCACUUCACAAGCCACCUCGGGAUCGGCUUCAGUCCAAGAUGAGCCCAGUAGAGCCACCGUUGCACCCGUGCGUCGCGUCCAAUUGCAGCAACAGAGUCUGCAGAUCGCACCCAAAGUGGAUAAGCCAACCAGCGAGGAUCUGCCCCUCAACCUGCUCGAGGUCAAGGACAUGGCGAAGAACAAGCUGCUGCUGGAGAGUCCACAGGACAUGCCGCGCGUGACCAAGGUGACCAGCAAUCAGGUGAGCCGCUCCAGCCAUCGAUCCUUCCUGCAGUCGGCCAAAGAGGCCGACUUGACUGCGGCUAAUCCUACCCAGAAAGCGCAGACGCAUCGAAAGCAGGAGAAGAAGCCGGUAAGGAAGGCGAAUCUAAAGCGGGAGGACAGGACUGCAGCCCAACUCAAGGGAGCCAAUCAGCUGCUGGUGGCGAGUGCCUCGCAGGUUUCGGCCUACAAGCGCGCCUUCCGCACCCAGCAGCAGAUACUCAAGGCGGAGAUCCUCCAUCAGCAGGCGCAGCAUCUGCAGGAAUCCCCGAUAAGUCCAUCGGCCAUCGAGGGGUCCAAGCAAACCUCCAAGCUGCAGAGUCACCACGGCUCCACACAAUCAACCACAACCACCAGUCGGAGCAAUGCUCGACCGAUGGUCAGACGCAGUGCAGCCAGUUCCGGCGGCAAGGCUGAGCAGGUGGUAUCCAAAGCGGGCACUGUGACUCAUUCGUCAUUAACAGCGAAACCAGAAUUAGAUAGAUUGGUUCUGAAAACGAGGGGAUUGAAACGAUCACAGCUGAAGACAGCAGCUGCUACUGCAACAGCAACUUUAACAGCGAAGCGGACUGCUGCAAUUGUGGUAACGGCGAAGACAACAACGAAAAUGGGGAAUGGAGCUGCGAUUUCUGGUGGAGGUGGGGGAAGGGGAGUUGGAGUUGGUGGAGCUGGUCGGAGAUCGGGAAAGGAAACGCCGACAGCAGCAGCGGCGACAACAACACUUCGAUCGUUGCAGUUGCAGUCGCAGUCGCCGUCGGCGUCGCAGUCGGCGCAGCAGCGGCGUCAGUUCCACUUUCCAUAUUUCCCAUGGCGUCCCAGCUACUGAGUGUUCACUGAGUGUCCCGCUAUAUCGCCCGUGCGCUCACUCACCCACUUACUACUCUCGCAAUUGUUCCCACCAUGAAGCGUGAGAGAGAUAGACAGACAGACAGACAGAUAAAUCCAAUGUAACGGUCAACUUAACAGUACAAUAAAAUCUUACGAAAUCCA